AUGAGUACUAGGGCAGUGGGAAUUUGCUUAAAGCAGGCGGAGUCGACUCUCUACCAUGUUCAUCCGAAAGGUUUUUGGAAGAAAUUUCGUGACGCUCUGGUCAUUAAUCCCGAAAUCUCGAGUGGUAUCCCACUAGCAGGAAUCUACAGAUGGCCGCAGCCUGGUUCCAGACCAGAGAAGUACUCCUCUCCAGCAACUAAAGCUUCUGACCCCGCCCAGAAUCCAUACUGGAAGAGAGAUGUUCGGAGGGCAUAUCCCCAACUUUCUGUAGUCACGCAGCCCGACUUAUCGACACUUCUUAUCCAGCACUCUGAAGCCAAGGCUAUUCCUGCACCAUCAGAAGCCAAGGAAGGGGAGAAAUCGGACGUUCCUGCAAAGACUCUGGAGAUCAUGGAUUUGGCAAGUGCCAUUGCCACAAUCACGUCUGUGCACAAGGUGUAUGACCAGUCGAAGCUUCCCCCGAAGGUGCCCACACCCUUCAAGAAAUGGAGAGCUGAGCUCGCGCCGGACGCCCCUCAUGAUCCCAAUGCCUAUUUCCCAAUGUUGCUAUACAAGUAGUCCGCUUGCAUUCUACUUGAGGCUUUUGUUCCACUUCUUGUUGGCGAUGAAUCAAGUCACAACACUCCUAGAGACAACCAUCAUGUUUUGCGCCACGGAUAAUCUUGAUUGUGCACACCAGCGGGAUCGAGAUGCUGAAUUGGUUAACCUCCUGUAUAGAGUGCGCAGGACUUCCUUCGCGCAGAGUGUUCUGCUCUUUCAUCAAGCGAAAUUCCCCAGCAACAUUUCCAUUCAUUCAGUGAACCAGGUGCGUUGCUAAAUCGUUGAGCUGUGCGAUACUCGUCAUAGUCAUACUUGAUGCUGUUUAAGUACUCUGUUUGGUUUCAUUCUCCUGGUGGAGCGUCUUCUAUGUGGAGCUCACUGAUAUAUAGACCUCAGACGCGAACAGAUAAGGCUAUGCCUACCACAUUUCUCACCGGAUAUACCUUCACCGAACGUUAUGAACCAUC